AUGUCUUCUGACGAGGUGCAAAUACUCGAUGUUUCCGAGCUGUCGCCGCGCCACGACGACAGCCCCGUGCGCGACACGUCCGGGAGCUCCACCGCGUCGUCUCUGGUUUCGCCCCAGGUGCCUGCGAUGCACCGUUUUGUUGCGCCGUAUAGAAGGCAGGAUGAGAUAAGAGAAGAGACAAAGCGGCAAAAACUCGAGCCGGCGUUCAAGUCCGAGGUGAUCGAUCUAACGUCCGACGCGGAAGAGGAGGAGCCCCCGCCAGCCAAAGGUGCGCCGCCAGCCGAGGAGAAACCCGCAAACAACGACAGCGACAGCGACCACAACGACGACGUGGUGUUUGUCAAGUCCACCAACAUCAGUCCGCCCGCGAUAAAGUCCUCCGACCAGCCGUCAGCUCUCCGGGAACCGCUGCCCACCACUGCCGAGGGUUUAAAAAGCGUGCUUGUCCAGGCACGAGAGUACUUGCACCGGCUGAACGAGAACGUGAAGAAGCUGAUGGAGCGGCGCACAGCGGUGAUCAAGUUCCUCACGACGGACGCGUGCCGCAACGACCCGAAAAAAGCCGACCAUUUCCAGCAGAUGGAGACGGCGAUCAGCAGGAAGAUAGAUCGCCAUUUUGUCAAAAUCAGAAUCACGAGCGAAAAGAUCCAGUUUCUUUGCAAGUACGAGCACCAUUACAACCCGCGGCCGCCGCUAGCGGCCGUCAAGCGCGACGCCCUGCCGACGUACUACCCGGAGCCGGACCAUUCACGCUUUUCGGCCAACACCUACGACACCUACGCUUUCAACCCGUAUAUGCAGCGAUUCAACAAUUAUUCGGACGCAGACGAUAUCCAGCAUCUUCUCGACACCAUCAAGCCCGAUGAGGCGUACGAGGAUGGAGACGUCCGAGACCCUGAAGAGCUGAGUGUGGCGCUGCUGAAACACCAGAAAAUUGGGCUCAAGUGGAUGCUCAGCAUGGAGGAGUCCGCCAACAGGGGCGGCAUUCUUGCGGACGACAUGGGGUUGGGCAAAACGGUGCAGGCAAUAGCGCUGAUGGCCGCCAACAAGGCCCGCCCCGACGAGUGCAAGACAAACCUGGUGGUGGCACCAGUUUCGCUGCUGCAGCAGUGGGGGCAGGAGCUGGACUUCAAGCUGAAAAAACAGUGCAAGACGAGCUAUUUUAUAUUCCACCAGGGCAACAAGCUCAACAGUUUCAAGGAAAUGGCGCGGUACGAUGUCGUUCUGGUGUCGUACAACACGCUCACGUCCGAAAUGAAGAAACACUAUCGUUUGGCACUCGAGGAGCUGAAAAACAAGAAGGCGACUCUGCCGGAACGCGACGACGGCGGCUCGCACUACCGCUCGCCGUUCUACACCUCGGACGCCGUUUUCCACCGCAUUAUACUCGACGAGGCUCAGGCCAUCAAGAACAAGCUCACGCAGACGUCCAAGGCGGUCGCGUUGCUGGACUCGAAAUACAAGUGGUGUCUAUCUGGUACGCCGAUCCAAAACAACAUCGACGAGCUGUACCCGAUUUUGCGGUUUUUGAAGAUCAAGCCGUACUGCGAGGAGGCGCGGUUCAAAGAGCGCAUCUCGAACGCGCUGCGGAGCAAGUACGGCAGCGAGACGCGCGGCGUUCAGACGGUGCAGGCCCUGCUGACGGCGAUUCUGCUCCGCCGGACAAAGAAGACUCUCAUAGACGGCAAGCCGAUCCUGCAGCUGCCCGAGAAGCACGUGGUGGUCAACCACGUGGAGAUGAAAGAGGACGAGCGCAAGUUCUACUACAACCUCGAGGCCCAGUCCGCCGACACGGCGAAAAAAAUCCUGGCCGGUUCUGGAGACGGCCAGAAGCACAAAGGCGGCUACAGUGCCAUCCUGACGUUGUUGCUGCGGCUCCGACAGGCGUGCGACCACAAGUUUCUGGUGAAGAUCGGUGAGAACAAAGAGCGAGAGAUCAAAGUGAGCACGAUCAAGAACGGGUACGACACGGCCAGGAAGUUCGACCGGGCGAUGUGCGACCAGAUCAACGAGCAGUGGAAGAGCGGGUUUUCGUGCCAGAUGUGUUUUGACGUGAUCGAGGCGGACGCCAACGUCAUUCUGCUCGGAAGCUGCGGCCACGCGGUGUGCAGAGACUGUCAGGAGCAAUUUUUCGAGGACAACACAGAGACGGUCUGGAACGGCGUGCGGUCUGCGCGGUGCAAAACGUGCAACCGGUCCAGCAGCGAGAGUCUGUGCGUGGAGCUUUUGGUGUUUGACUCGGUGUGCAACAAACGGCUGGAAUGGAGAGAGGUGCAAAAACAGUUCAACAUCCAGACGCAGUCGCUGAACAGCGCGCAGCGAAUAGAGAAGAUAAAGGGUCUGAUAGCCAGCGAGGGCGGCCGGCUGGAGGUGUCGGCCAAGAUCGAGCGGUGUCUGACGCUAAUUAGAGAUAUUCUGGAGACGAAGCCCGGAGAGAAGGUGAUUGUGUUUUCGCAGUUCAUGGUGCUGUUUGACAUUCUGGAGCUGUUUCUGCGGGACCACGGGAUCGAGUAUCUACGGUACGACGGGUCGAUGGACGUGGAGGCCAAGAGCGCGAGCGUGGCCACCUUCUACCAGGACCCAAAUAAAAAAGUGAUGCUGCUGUCGCUCAAGGCCGGAAAUGUCGGUCUGACGCUGACGUGUGCGUCGCACGUGAUCAUCCUGGAGCCCUUCUGGAACCCGUUUGUGGAGAAACAGGCCCAGGAUCGCGUGCACCGGAUCUCGCAGGUGCGCGAGGUGUAUGUGCACCGAAUCCUGAUCCAGAACACGGUGGAGGACCGGAUCAUCGAGCUACAGGCGGAAAAGGAGAAGCUGGUGGAGAGCGCGCUGGACCCGACGGCCCGGCAGCAGGUGAACCGGCUGAGCCGCGUGGAGCUGGGCUUCCUUUUUGGACUCAACGGGCUGAGCGGCCUGGAAAAUGUUUAA